UCCAUGGUUACCACGCACAACGACCUCGACUACGACGAAAUCGUCCAGAAACUGGUUCAAAUGGCAGACGCAUUUGAUCGGGAUUUCUGCCAGGCUGGUCCCGUCUUACGGUUCGAAAUGGAGGCGCAUUUUCGGUACCUCCUUUGUCUGGCGGAGGCGUCCCUUGCCAACUUUCCCUGGUUCGAGCGUGACUCAUUCGGCGCUAAAGUUGACUCGUCAUGUGUGUGUGGUGUUGGGGUCAAUCAAACUCGCGUCGGCAUUCCAUCCGCCGCCCCUCCACUCCCCCCGAACGAGGCAGCCAGCGGGGGUGUCGGGAUGCCGCUGUCACGUGUCCCUCUCAUCGCUACUGGCCUAGCAACAAGGGGGUUUGACUCGGAAGUGAGAUUGACGCGCCUGAGGGAGGUGUCACGUCCGGAGUUGUACACGCACCUCGUGGCAACAGGUCGAAUCUCGGGGCCGUGUUGGCACCCUCGUGACGUGACAGCGUCCAGUCAGGCGGGCAAUUAA